AUGGCGACUGAAUUCUUAUUUAUUUCAUUAUUUCCUUCUUGCACACAGAAUACUAUAGUUGAUGAACGUGGCUCGUUUUCCGUAGCCAGCCCGUUCCCCGGGCCUCUUGGAAAAUUACUCAAAUCAAUGAACAAGUUUCCGGUUCGGGUCGCUCUAACUGGGGAUGUUGUUCCUCUUACAGAUAAAAAUGCUCAAUCCCUUGCAGAAUUCGUUAAAGAAGUCAUGCUCGCUGAGGAGAAAGCAGUUAAAGAAUUUAGUUAUGCAGUUUCUGGUGUAUUAAGUUCCUCUGAUCACUUUUCCACUUCUCGAAGCGAGAACCUCAAGGAGCUGAUUGACGGGGGUGAAAAAUAUGUGAUCUAUAAGUUCAAUCUGAGUUCUUGCAUGUUUGUUGAUGGCAAUGGAGGAACUCGUGAAGUAGACUUAGAAAACAUGGAAAAAUGUAAAGCAAAUUUGCUAGAACCUUAUUCUGCUAAGCUCAUUGAUGGCAUUAAUCAAAGCGAGGCUCGACGCAGAGGACUGACCCUUUUUUGUUUCAUAUACUUGAACAUAAAUGCAAGAGUUGCAUACAUGCUCUCGUUUGAUCGUAAGGGCUUCGACGUCCUAGGGAAGGUUCGUGGUAAAGCUCCCGAGGAUGAAGAAAAUGAAUACCAUUGGAAGCAAUUCCGGAUCCCGUUCAAAGAAGAGGCUCGGGAAGUCGAGUCCUUUUGUCUCCAACUUGUGGAGAUGGAAGAAGAGGCCAUCAAAAUGGUCUAUUGCUACAGUGGUUUGGGAUAG